AUUUUCUAUUUCCAUACCAUUCUCCUGACCUAGGAUGAGUGAACAGAGAGGAAUCAAAAAAGGGAGUCCCUGAUUUGUCAUACAAAGUAGUGGUAUUGGAGGAAUCAAAUUCAUUCCAAUUAGAGUCAUCAAUUAGAGUCAGAAUUAGUGUCAUCAUUAGUAUGUCAUUCCCCUCAGACUCAUUUGGAGCGUAUGAGGGGGGUCAUUAGAAUCUGAGGAGAUGACAUCCUCUGCAUGUUCCUCAUGAAUUUCCUGAAAGGGAGUAGGGUUUGAUCUAUGUUUAGUUUUGUUUUCUACGUACGUCCUCACGGACAGAGGGAGAAAGAUGCGAUGAAGCACCUGCUGUACGGCUGCAAGAUGGACGCAAGCCUGCUUCAAUCUCCUGGCUCACCUCAGUAUGAGAGAUCUUUUUGUGUUUCUGAGGUUCCUAUAAGGUGUCAGGACGUGGCGGUCUAUUUCUCCAUGGAGGAGUGGGAGUAUGUAGAAGGACACAAGGAUCAGUACAAGGAUCAGGUCAUGAUGGAGGAUCAGCAGCCCCUCACAUCACCAGUCAGAUCCAGUAAGAGAACAGCACCAGAGAGGUGUCCCCGUCCUCUUCUUCCACAGGAUGAUCAGAAUCAGGUAGAAGAUCAGAACAAUAUUAAUUCUCCAGAUCUGAGCGGUGAUGAGCAGUAUAUGGAGAACAUUCCUACAGGGAAAGAUCUGAUCUAUAUUAAUGCUACAGACAUAAAGGAAGAAGAAGAGACAGAUGUUAGCGGUGAUGAGCAGUAUAAGGAGGACAUUCCUACAGGGAAAAAUAUCAAUGUUAAUAAUACAGACAUAAAGGAAGAAAAAGAGACAGAUGUGAGCAGUGAUGAGCAGUAUAAGGAGGACAUUCCUACAGGGAAAAAUCUGAUCUAUAGUAAUGCUACAGACAUAAAGGAAGAAGAGACAGAUGUGAGCGGUGAUGAACAGUAUAAGGACAUUCCUACAGGGAAAAAUCUGAUCUAUAGUAAUGCUACAGACAUAAAGGAAGAAGAAGAAACAGAUGGGAGCGGUGAUGAGCAGUAUAAGGAGGACAUUCCUACAGGUAACCGCCCAGAUUCUUGUAGCAGGAGAUCAGAGGAGAAUCUUAUAUCUUCAGAUUAUAAAGCAGAUGAUGAUAUCACACAAGAUACAUAUGAAGAACAUUCCAUUAUCCCAGAUACACCCUCAGCCCUUCACAGCCAAGAUCGGUCAUCUCAUCCUUAUAUACAGGGCCUAUCUUUUGAUCCAUUACAGUUUGUAAAGCGAAAUAAGAAGCCAUUUUCAUGUUCAGAAUGUGGGAAAUGUUUUACUCAGAAAUCAAGCCUUAUUGAUCAUCAAAAAACUCACACAGGGGAGAAGCCAUUUUCAUGCUCAGAAUGUAGGAAAUGUUUUACUCAGAAAUCACAUCUUGUUAGACAUGAAAGAACUCACACAGGAGAGAAGCUAUUUUCAUGUUCAGAAUGUGGAAAAUGUUUUUUAGAGAAAUCAAAACUUUUUAACCAUCAAAGAACUCACACAGGGGAGAAACCAUUUAUGUGUGCAGAAUGUGGAAAAUGUUUUACUUACAAAUCAAAUCUUGUUCAUCAUCAAAGAACUCACACAGGGGAGAAGCCAUUUUCAUGUGCAGAAUGUGGGAAAUGUUUUACCGAGAAAUCACAUCUUGUUAAACAUCAAAGAAUUCACAGUGGGGGGAAACCAUUUUCAUGUUCAGAAUGUGGAAAAUGUUUUACCCAAAGUUCAAGUCUUCAUCAACAUAAAAGAACUCACACAGGGGAGAAGCCAUUUUCAUGUGCAGAAUGUGGAAAAUGUUUUACUGAGAAAUCACAUCUUGUUAAACAUCAAAGAACUCACACAGGGGGGAAACCAUUUUCUUGUCUAGAAUGUGGAAAAUGUUUUAUUCAAAAAUCUAAUCUUGUUCAACAUCAAAGAACUCACACAGGGGAGAAGCCGUUUUCAUGUGCAGAGUGUGGAAAAUAUUUUCGUGAGAAAUCAUCUCUUGUUAAACAUCAAAAAACUCACACAGGGGAGAAGCCAUUUAUAUGUUCAGAAUGUGGGAAAUGUUUUACAGAGAAAUCAAUUCUUGUUCAACAUCAAAGAACUCACACAGGGGAGAAGCCAUUUUCAUGUUCAGACUGUAGAAAAUGUUUUACUCAGAGAUCAACACUUUUCAGGCAUCUUAGAAUUCACACAGGAGAGAAGCCAAUUCAGAGCAGUAAAAUAAGAUGUCAGGACGUGGCGGUCUAUUUCUCCAUGGAGGAGUGGGAGUAUGUAGAAGGACACAAGGAUCAGUACAAGGAUCAGGUCAUGAUGGAGGAUCAGCAGCCGCUCACAUCACCAGUCAGAUCCAGUAAGAGAACAGCACCAGAGAGGUGUCCCCGUCCUCUUGAUAAGCAGAGUAUGGAGGACAUUAUGACACGGAAAGAUCUGAUCUAUAUUAAUGCUACAGACAUAAAAGAAGAAGAGACAGAUGUGAGCGGUGAUGAGCAGUAUAAGGAGGACAUUCUUAUAGGGAAAGAUCUGAUCUAUAUUAAUGCUACAGACAUAAAGAGAGAAGAAGAGACAGAUGUGAGUGGUGAUGAGCAGUAUAAGGAGGACAUUCCUACAGGAAAAGAUCUGCUCUAUAUUAAUGCUGCAGACAUAAAGGAAGAAGAAAAGACAGAUGUGAGCAGUGAUGAACAGUAUAAGGAGGACAUUCCUACAGGGAAAGAUCCGAUCUAUAUUAAUGAUACAGACAUAAAGAAUGAAGAAGAAGAGACAGAUGUGAGCGGUGAUGAGCAGUAUAAUGAAGACAUUCCUACAGGGAAAGAUCCGAUCUAUAUUAAUGAUACAGACAUAAAGAAUGAAGAAGAAGAGACAGAUGUGAGCAGUGAUGAGCAGUAUAAGGAAGACAUUUAUACAGGCAACUGCCCAGAUUCUUGUACCAGGAGAUCAGAGGAGAAUCUUAUAUCUUCAGAUUAUAAAGCAGAUGAUGAUAUCACACAAGAUACAUAUGAAGAACAUUCCAUUAUCCCAGAUACACCCUCAGCCCUUCACAGCCAAGAUCUCUCAUCUCAUCCUUAUAUACAGGUCCUGUCUUCUCAUUCAUCACAAAUUGCUAUACAAAAAAAAGAGAAGCCAUUUUCAUGUCUACAAUGUGAGAAAUGUUUUAUUCGGAAACCAGAACUUGUUAGACAUCAAAGAACUCACACAGGAGGAAAACCAUUUUUAUGCUCAGAAUGUGGGAAAUGUUUUACUGACAAAUCAAGCCUUGUUUAUCAUCAAAAAACUCACACAGGGGAGAAGCUAUUUUCAUGUUCAGAAUGUGGGAAAUGUUUUACUUAUAAAUCAGAUCUUGUUAAACAUCAAAGAAUUCACACAGGUGAGAAGCCAUUUUCAUGUUCAGAAUGUGAGAAAUGUUUUACUACUAAAUCAGAUCUUGUUAAACAUCAAAGGACUCACACAGGGGAGAAGCCAUUUUCAUGCGCAGAAUGUGAGAAAAGUUUUACUAAUAAAUCACAUCUUGUUAGACAUCAAAAAACUCACACAGGGGAGAAGCUAUUUUCAUGUCAAGAAUGUGGGAAAUGUUUUUCUCAUAAAUCAAAUCUUGAUAAACAUCAAAGAACUCACACAGGGGAGAAGCCAUUUUCAUGCACAGAAUGUGAGAAAUGUUUUACUAAUAAAUCGCAUCUUGUUAGACAUCAAAGAACUCACACAGGGGAGAAGCUAUUUUCAUGUUCAGAAUGUGGAAAAUGUUUUUCCGAGAAAUCUAAUCUUGUUAAACAUCAAAGAACUCACACAGGGGAGAAGCCAUUUUCAUGUGCAGAAUGUGGGAAAUGUUUUACCGAGAAAUCAAAUCUUGUUAAACAUGAAAUAAUUCACACAGGGGAGAAGCCAUUUUCAUGUACAGAAUGUGGGAAAUGUUUUACUCAUAAAUCACCUCUUGAAAGACAUCAAAUAUCUCACACAGGGAAGAAGCCAUUUUCAUGUUCAGAAUGUGGGAAAUGUUUUACUCAUAAAUCAGAACUUGUUAAACAUCAAAGAACCCACACAGGGGAGAAGCCGUUUUCAUGCACAGAAUGUGAGAAAUGUUUUACUAAUACAUCACAUCUCUUUAGACAUCAAAGAACUCACGCAGGGGAGAAGCUAUUUUCAUGUACAGAAUGUGGAAAAUGUUUUUUAGAGAAAUCAAAACUUUUUAACCAUCGAAGAACUCACACAGGAGAGAAGCCAUUUUCAUGUGCAGAAUGUGGGAAAUGUUUUACUGCGAAAUCAUAUCUUAUUAAACAUCAAAUAACUCACACAGGGUGGAAACCAUUUUCAUGUUCAGAAUGUGGGAAAUGUUUUACCCAAAAUUCAAGUCUUCUUCAACAUAAAAGAACUCACACAGGGGAGAAGCCAUUUUCAUGUGCAGAAUGUGGGAAAUAUUUUCGUGAGAAAUCAACUCUUGUUAAACAUCAAAGAACUCAUACGGGAGAGAAGCCAUUUAUAUGUUCAGAAUGUGGGAAAUGUUUUACAGAUAAAUCAAGUCUUGUUCAACAUCAGAGAACUCACACAGGGGAGAAGCCAUUUUCAUGUUCAGAAUGUGGGAAAUGUUUUACUCAGCGAUCACCACUUAUCAGACAUGAAAGAAUUCACAAAGGAGAGAAGUCAUUUUCAUGUUCAGAAUGUGGGAAAUGUUUUACUGAGAAAUCAAAUCUUGUCAAACAUCUAAGAAUUCACACAGGAGAGAAGACAAUUCAGAGCAGUAAAUGAUGCAGAUAACACAUCUAUAUAUUAACCAUGUACAUAGGAUAUCUGACAUUUAUACAUAUAUCAUAUACUGCAUCUCCAAACUUGUUCCCAAUUGUUAAUAAAAGUU